GCCUGGCUGUGGAAGUGCCACGGUGUCCACGGUGUCCGCGGUGUCCACGGUGCGCGGACGGUCGUGGGUCUUGUUUACAGUAGCACAGCUGGCCCCGCAGAGCCUUGAAGCCGCUUUUAUUGCUUCCAUUUCUCUUUUCGUUCCAAGGGUCAGUGUAUGAAAGCUCCAAUCUGGAUCGCGGCGGCAGCAACAGGAAGAAGAAGAUAGAGGAAUUCUCUAGGUCUUCUCGGGAGAAACUAGUCCAGUCCAAGAACAAAAUGUUCUCCAAAUUUACGUCCAUUCUCCAACACGCCGUGGAAGCGCUGGCCCCUUCGCUGCCCUUACAGGAGGACUUUGUGUAUCACUGGAAGGCCAUCACACAUUACUACAUCGAGACGUCUGAUGACAAAGCUCCAGUUACCGACACAAACAUCCCAUCCCACCUGGAACAGAUGCUGGACAUCCUGACCCAGGAGGAGGGGGAACGGGAGUCUGGAGAGACCGGACCCUGCAUGGAGUACCUGCUGCACCACAAGAUCCUGGAGACGCUGUACACACUGGGCAAAGCAGACUGUCCUCCAGGGAUGAAGCAGCAGGUUCUGACCUUCUACACUAAGUUACUGGCCCACAUCCGUCAGCCUCUGCUGCCUCACAUUAACGUCCACAGACCUGUCCAGAAACUGAUCCGUCUGUGUGGGGAGGUGCUGGCUGCUCCCACAGAAAACGAGGAGAUUCAGUUCCUCUGCAUCGUUUGUGCCAAACUGAAGCAGGACCCAUACCUGGUCAACUUCUUCCUGGAGAACAAGUUAAAGAGGCCUGAGACCAGGAGUCCUGGAGGAGCCCAGGAGGUGAAGGACAACGGCCUGGCUCCAGACACGGGUCAGUCCCACGACCAGGACCAGGAUGAAGCCCAGGCCGCCGCCUCUGGUCCUGCACCCGCCUCCUCCAGUCCUGCAUCCAGCAACAACAACAACAGCGACAACUACAACCUGGUCACAUCCCUGCUCAACCUGACCAAGAGUCCUGACGGUCGGAUCGUGGUGAAGGCGUGUGAAGGCCUGAUGCUGUUGGUCAGUUUACCAGAACCUGCAGCUGCCAAGUGUUUGACAGAGAACACAGAGCUGUGUGAGCUGCUGACCCACAGACUGGUCAGCUUCUACAAAGCCCUUCCACAGUCCAUGGACCCGCUGGACAUCGAGACGGUGGAGUCGGUCAACUGGGGUCUGGACGUGUAUAAUCUGAAGGAGGACGCUGCCGUCUUCACGGGGAAGCGCGCUCUCAUCUCCUUCCUGUCGUGGUUGGAUUAUUGUGACCAGCUCAUCAAAGAGGCUCAGAAGUCGGCGGCUGCAGUGAUGGCCAGAGCGGUGAGAGAGCACUUCUUCAUGUUAGUGAUGGAACCACAGCUCAUGCAGACGUCCGAGGUGGGCAUCCUGACCUCCACCGCCCUCCUGAACCGGAUCAUCAGGCAGGUGACAUCUGACGCUCUGCUGCAGGAGAUGGUCUACUUCCUGUUGGGAGAAGAGAAGGAGGCGGAGUCUGCAGCAGCUGUCAGUCAAAACCCACUCAGACACCGACUCAUCGAACACUGCGACCACCUAUCAGAUGAGAUCAGCAUCAUGACUCUACGACUGUUCGAGCAGCUGAUCCAGAAACCCAACCAACACAUCCUGCACAGCCUGGUUCUGCGGAGCCUGGAGGAGAGGAACUACCUGGAGAACAAACCCCAGGAGGAACGGGAGCCAAUGGAGAACGGGCAGCCGCACGAUGCUGUGGACCUGGAGGAGGAUCCUCUGUUCGGUGACGACCUCUCUCCUGACGGCCGGUUGUCUGGAUCUGAUUGGCUCAGCUCGUCUCCCCCUCUGAGUCCAGACCACUCCAAGUCUGAGGGGAAAACCGAGGUCCACAAGAUCGUCAACAGUUUCCUGUGUUUGGUUCCUGAUGAGGCCAAGUCGUCGUAUCACGUGGAAGGCACCGGUUAUGACACCUACCUCAGAGACGCUCACAGACAGUUUAAGGACUACUGUGGCGUCUGUCAGCAGUGGGACUGGAGGGGACACCCCAAGCCUUUGGAGAAGUGUAACCUGGACAUCCCCUUCUUUGAGGGACACUUCCUGAAGGUCCUGUUCGACAGGAUGGGACGGAUCUUGGAUCAGCCAUACGACGUCAACCUCCAGGUGACGGCGGUUCUGUCCAAGCUGUCGCUGUUGCCCCACCCCCACCUCCACGAGUACCUGCUGGACCCCUAUGUCAACCUGGCCCCCGGCUGCAGGUCCCUGUUCUCCGUCAUCGUCAGGGUGGUGGGAGAUCUCAUGUUGAGGAUUCAGCGGAUUCCAGACUUCACGCCCAAACUGCUGCUCGUCAGGAAGAGGUUAUUAGGACUGGAACCAGAAGGCAUCAAUGUGGAUCACAUGACUCUGCUGGAAGGUGUCAUCGUGCUGGAGGAGUUCUGUAAAGAGCUGGCAGCCAUCGCCUUCGUCAAAUACCACGCAGCGGCCUCGUCCUCGCCGUAACCCCGCCCCCCCGUUCAUCCAUCUGCCGCGGGCCGGGAGGAAGCAGGGCAUUCUGGGGGAGCGUGGUGUCGCAGGGGCAACCGGUCAGCAAAGACGUCACCACAAACUGAUCAUCCCCGAAAAGACGACUGUUAACGCCCACACUGGACAGCAGUUAGCUCCGCCUCCUCUGGACAGCAGUUAGCUCCGCCUCCUCCAGACAGCAGUUAGCUCCGCCUCCUCCAACCUCUGAAAACAAAAACAAAAACACAGACUGGCUUUGGACUGGAUCUGGGGUCAAAGGUCAAAGGUCAGAGCACAAACACUGCCCAGGAGGAGGAGCAACAGGAGGAGGAGGAGAAGAAGUGGAGGGGGCGGGGCCACUCCUCCCAUCAGCCAAUCCAGAGCCGGCCCAGUUUGUCUGUUGGUCACUGACACGUGUAUGUGUGUGUAUGUAUGUGUACGCGCGCGCGUGUGUGUGUGUGUGUGUGUGUGUGUGUGUGUGUGUGUGUGUCAUUGCCUUAGUGCGGCUUCACACCGUUCAUUGGUUCAGUUUCAUUGUUUCCUUUUGAAACAGUUUUAUCCGUUUUUUUCUUUUUACUCCUCUUGUGUCGUCAUGUGUUUGAUGACCACAGGCUGUAAGACGGACACGACCUUUGACCCCCCCCCGUACCUGUAGUUCCAUACAUAUUUAACAGUCGUAUUCUUCGUACUACGCUCAGAUUUUAAUGCCAAGUUCUUCUUAUUUAUUGGACUGUUUUUUCUUUCUCGUUGCCUUUUUAAACAGAUGUUCUUUUGUUUCCAGUUCGACUCAACUCGCCUCCAUGUAAGGGUUUUUGUUAAAACAGAACAUGUGAGGAUGGUGUUGGAACAGUAGAAGCAGUGGGACUGUUCCUUAAAGGCUCUAGAACAGGGGUGUUCAACCUGUGGUUCCUCUGGUCCAAAAACACAAGGAACAUUUGAAAUGAACUGAAGGAGUCAGGACUUUUGAACAGUAUUAUAGGACUAAAUCUAUUCUACCUUUGUCCAUCUGCAAAAAUGUGCAGACUUUACGUGGAAUAAAAGAAGUUUUUGACAGCAUAAAAACCAAAUGGAUUAUUUUCUUGCCAAAUUAAGUAAGUAAAUUAGAAAGUAAGUAAAUUUUAUUUCUAGAGCACUUUUCAAUAGACAGUCGCAAAGUGCUGUACACUGCAAAGUACAAAUAAACAGGACAAAUAAAAUACCAUUUAAACACAAUAAAAUACAAUUAAAAAUAUGAUAAAUACAUAAAGUGCAGUCAGUUUGUAGCAGCCCUGAGUCAGUUGGGAAAUUC